AUGUCAUCGUCGUCUGUAUCUGAUGAAAUUCUCAGCUUUGCUACACAAUAUUCACUUUAUACUGGUUGUAUUCUAAUUAGUUUUGGAGUUAUUGGUAAUGUGUUAAAUCUUCUCGUGUUUACUCAAUUGAAACUAUUUCGGACUAAUCGAUGUGCUUUCUAUAUAACUAUUGAAUCAAUUUUCAACUUCAUUUAUCAACUUUUAUCUAUUACUUUAACUAUUUUAACAUCAAUAUAUGGAGAUGAUGCAACAGGGCGUUUUCUCAUUUGGUGUAAAUUAAGAUAUAUAUUAGGGCAAACAUGUGCACUCACUAAUUUUUAUAUGAUAUGUUUUUCUGCUGUUGAUCAGUUCUUUUCGACAAAUCAUCAUUUCAAUUUAAGACAAAUGUGCACAUUGAAACUAGGCCGAUAUUUUGCGUUUGCAUUUAUUGGUUUUGCAAUCAUUCAUAGCAUUGCACUUGGCUCUUCCUAUGAUAUUCAAUUAACAGUGGGAUGUGUCAUAUCGAAUUAUGUAGCAGUUCAGUACUCGACAUUUUUCUUUUAUUCAAUUUUAAGUGGCUUUCUACCUGUUGUAAUUGCAUCAUUAUUUAGUAUGUUAGCUUAUCAUAAUGUUCGACAUAUAGUUCGACGACAACUACCAAUUGUUCGUCGUAGAUUAGACAAACAAAUAACAGCCAUGGUUCUUAUGCGUGUAAUAGCCUAUGUUUGUUUGGCAUCACCAUAUAAUGCUUAUCGUAUCUAUGCCAUUAAUUUUCCUAUCUCACGAAGUAUGCCUGUGGCAUAUGCAAUUGGUCGAUUGAUUCAAGCAAUUCUUCUCUCUAUUUUCAUUACAAACUAUACGAUUAACUUUUAUCUUUUUAUUAUGUUUUCAUCACGUUUUCGUCGUCAAGUAAAACUUGUUCUAGUAAAAAAAUGUUGGGAACGAUGGAAAUAUUGGUGUUGUCGCAUAAAUAAUCAAAUUGAACCUGUCAAUAGUGAAACACGCAAUUCACAAAUGGAAUCUGAAGAAAAUGUCUAA